AUGCUCUUUUAUACAGCACUCAUCGGUCUACUACCUCUACUGGUGGCCGCGACUCCUGCUCAGCAGCCUCUGAAACAUACUUACCUGGAAUAUCUGUCAGGCAGUGAUCAGCCUCGACACCCUGCUCCGGGAUACAAGCAGUCUUCUCGGCCUGCUGCUUAUGGGUACGAAGAUCCAGCCAACGCAGAAUUCUAUUCCAACGCACAAGUCGGUAAAACACCCUCAUGGCCACCUUAUAACGUUGAAGAAGCGUACUAUGGAUUGAAAACGUUCGGUCACACCAAGCCUGUCAGGUGUAUGACAGUGGAUAACAGUACCUUAUAUGACAUCGCCAUUCUCGGCGCACCUUUCGACACCGCGACUUCUUGGCGGCCUGGAGCUCGUUUCGGCCCUGGAGGUAUCAGAAAUGGAGCACAAAGGUUAGGAGGAGCGAACCGGCUAUUAGGAAACAAUGCUUUCUUGGACUAUGAGAUUGUUGAUUGUGGUGAUUCCAAGAUGACAUACUAUUCCAAUGAUUUAGCCCUGGCAACCCUUGAAACCGAUUAUCGAUCUCUCAUCAACAGGCCUAUCGCUACAGCCUUUGAAGCAGACAAAAGUAGUCUCGCUUUGGAUGGUAAACAUCAUCCAAGGGUGGUGAUGCUCGGUGGAGAUCACACGAUCGUGCUUCCUGCUCUUAGAGCUUUGAACGAAGUAUAUGGUCCAGUCUCGGUUAUCCACUUUGACAGCCAUUGUGACUCGAGGCAUCCAGACAAAGGUACUUUGACCCACGGCGACUACUUUUAUUUCGCUUGGAAAGAGGGACUUAUGAGCGAGACCAAUAUUCAUGCAGGGAUUCGAUCCAAUUGUGACAUGCCUUCCGAUAUCGAAACCAACUUCUCCACUGUGCUCGCCGACGAGAUUGAGGAUAUCGGUUGGCAAGGUGUUGUUAGUAGAAUCAAGGCUCGCGUUGGUGAUAGUCCUGUUUAUCUCACUAUCGACAUUGACACUCUUGAUCCAGCAUUUGCUCCCGCCACCGGUACUCCAGAGAUUGGCGGUUGGACGACUCGGGAGAUGAUCAAGAUCCUUCACGGUUUGAAAGACUUGAAGAUCGUCGGUGCUGACGUUGUUGAGGUUGCACCUGCGUACGAUGAUCAAGCCGAAACAACACAAAUCGCAGCCGCUGGAAUGGUGUUCGAACUUAUCAGCAUGAUGACUCUCACACCAGUCGUCAAGGGAUAA